ACCGCCGCCACUCGGUCACACACACACCUCAGUCCUCGCUCACCUCUCCACCGAAACCCUAGCCGGGCUCCUCGUGCCCUCCUCCCGCCGUCGCCAGCCAUGGACGCGGAGCAGCUCCUAGCGUACAUCUACACCUGCCUCCCGGAGCCGCCAGUCUCCGACACCGCUCGCCUCGCCGCCCGCCGUGCCGCCCCCUACCACGGCGUCGACCGCAUCAGCGGCCUCUCCGACGCGCUCCUCCAGGACAUCGUCUCCCGCCUCCCCUUCAAGGACGCCGCGCGCACCGCCGUGCUCGCCACGCGCUGGCGUCGGGUCUGGCUCUCGGCUCCGCUCGUCGUCGUCGACACCCACCUCCUGGACCACUGGCCCCCGACUCGCGCCGACGCGCCGGCCGUCACCGCCGCGGUGUCGCACGCCCUCGCCGCGCAUCCCGGGCCCUUCCGCUGCGUCCACCUCGUCUCCAGCCACAUGGACGGGUACCCGGCCCAGCUCAAGCGCUGGCUCCGUCUCCUCGCCGCCAAGGGAGUCCAGGAGCUCGUCCUCGUCAACCGCUCCUGCCCGCGCCAGGUGCCUCUCCCCGGCACGCUCUUCCGCAUCGCCACCCUCACACGCCUCUACGUCGGCGUCUGGAAGUUCCCAGACGUAUCCUGCCUCGGCGACGCCUCCUUCCCCAACCUUCGCGAGCUUGGCAUCUUCAGUGUCGCCAUGGAGAACGGGGACAUCGAAGCCAUCGUCUCCAGGAGCCCUGUUCUGGAGAUCCUCAACAUUCAAGGGAGCGUGAAGGGGUUGGGUCUCCACCUCAUCAGCCAGAGCCUCUGGUGUGUGCAGAUCUGCGAUUCUGUGAUAGAGAACAUUGUCGUGGUGGACACCCAGCGUCUGGAGCGGCUCAUCCUGUACAAGGUCCGGGGAUCUCUCAACCCUGCCAGUGUUCUGCGGACCGGGAUCAAGAUUGGCAAUGCCCCCAAGCUGGAAAUGUUCGGGUACCUGGAGCCAGGAAAGUACGUGCUUCAGGCCGGAGACACCAUCAUCAUGCCUGGGAUGAAGCCAAGCGCCAGCACUAUGUUUACAAGCGUGACUAUCCUGAGCCUGAAUGUGCGUUUUGGAGUCCACGAUGAUGCCAAUAUGGUGGCCACGUUUCUAAAAUGCUUUCCCAACGCAUCGAGUCUGCAUAUCAGGUGUGAACAAUGUGAUGAAUCCACUGGGAAGUUCGAACCUAAGUUCUGGGAGGAGGUUGGUCCCAUCGUGAGUGUCAUGUUGCGCAUAGGGGUGAUGACUAUCCGUGAAUUCAGAGGGGAGAAAGGCGAGAUGGCUUUCCUCAAGUACUUCUUCACAAAUGCGAGGGCGCUGAAGUAUGCGGCGAUCAUCUUCCCCAAUCCAAGCUUCUCUUCAAUUUCAAAGAACUACGCAUGCUCCAAAGCAAACUAUCUGACUUCUCUGAAUUGGGCCACUCAAGGCUGCGGAUUCAUGGUGUAUGGGAGUACAGAUCCUGAAGGAGGCAGACCAUGGUGCUUCAAGACCGGAGCAAUUUUUUCGCGUGACCCUUUCUCGUGGUGAAGUCGAAAGCUCCAACAUAUCUCAUCGUCCAAAUUAAUGUAUGUGGGAGUGUUUAGUGUUAAUCUUUUGCAACAUGGUACAAGCUAGGUAUCGUUAUUGUUCGCGUUUAUGAUGAUGUCGCGGUAUUCUUGGUUCUAGCAUGAUCGGCUUGAAGUGUUGAGUAGCUAGUGCGCAACUGUUGAUAAGAAAUCAGUGCUCGCUAUGCAUGUGUUUUGUUCAAGUAGAUGAAUGUUGCCUUAGCAUCUGCUGGGUUUAUCUUGGUGGUGAUGGAUGCCUGAUAAGGCAAAGUAAGAGAUGAAUGGUGCAAACUAACCUCAUUGCCUGAUAGC